AUGCUGUUGCAAAAGCUGAUAUUUGAUGAUAUUUUUAAACAGCCUGAUAAGCUAAAAGAUCUACUUGAAAGAUGUACUUUUAACUGGGUUGCCUUAUCUGAAAUAGUCCAAGAAGAAUUUCCUGACAUCGAUGUGACAGAUGUUCUAACAAAUAUUUUGUAUAAGUUACCUUAUCUUGAGUUGAGCAGCCAGCAGUUACAUCUAAUCGAACAGAGCCAACAGGUAUUUAAGCAAAUAGAAGAGAUUAACGAAGAAAAUGCAAAGAUUGAGAAUGGGUUAAUAGUUUCCGAUGAUGACUGGAAUGAAAUGAAAGAUCCUUUAAGUGAGCAGGGAAAACAGAUCAUCAUUAAACGGAUCAAAUCAAUCCGAAGAAAAAAGAGGAGAAUUAAAUAAAAAAAUUGCUGAGCAAAAUAUACUAAAAAGAAGACAAAGUAAAAAUGUGGAGAAGAUUUUGAACAAAUAUCCGAAUAUUGGCAAAGAUAUAGAACAAUUUGUUCAGCAAGCUGGUGUCGGCACAGAUGCCUGGAGGACAGGAGUUCUUACCUUUGACGGGAACAGAAAGGUUAAAAAGAAAGUGACAUUUCAUAGUAUCAAAAAACACCUGGAAGAAAAGUAUAAAACUAACUUCAGCUAUGGCAGCAUUGUGCAACUCUGCGUUGCCAGGAAUAAAAGAAGAAUUAAUGCGAAGAAUUAUAAAGGAGUUGCUAAAGUCACAUGUCGGCGGUCAAGAAAGGGAUUUGACCUCAAAUUUAAUCAGAUAGCCAUUGGUCUGCCGCAUUGUACAGAGGGUUGGACUACAUCCAAUACAAGGAAGGUAGCCAAAAGAUGAUCCUAAAUCGAGAUGACCUUUCUGUGUUUAGACUAGAUUCCACAACAUGCAGCAACAAAUGUCCCACCGUUUGCAUCAAAGACAAGGUUUCUCUUGCUACCAAAACUGACUACCAACAGAAGUACCCAUGUACACUGCAAACCACGUCUUAUAACUUCACUGGAACGGAAGACGAAGGUGAACUUUGUGCAGGUGUUGUUAAGGGACCACUUUUGCAUCAAAAAACCCUGCGCAGCAUAUGCAGAUGAUUUACAAAUGCUUCAAGAGUAUUAUGAAAUUAAGUUCUGUGAAAAAGAAACAAGUGUUCCCAAAGAAAUCGAGUGCAUACGGGUUGAUAGCAGUAGCGACGAAGCCCCUUGCUUUGAAGAAGUUCAAUUCUGGUGGACCAAGAGACACUUUGAGAGACCGACUCAUGUCCAACUGGUGACGAGCAGGCAAAGUGGAGGGAGCAACUUAAAUCGAGUCGAGCUUCAAAAUGGUUGUGAAGUAAAAGCAAGGGCAAGUCUUUUUAUACCUUCAACAUUAAAUGGGCUAAAUUCUGAUGGAAGUGGCAAAGUAGAUGAUUCAAAGCUGAAGAAUAAUCUCUCGGAUGCAAUAGGUGUAUAUAUCUCAAGAGUUGAUGGAGCACCUUGUGGGGACACAAACAUUCGUCUGUAUAGAGGAGCUAACAGCGAGGAUAACCAACUUCUAAGUGGCUUCGUAAAGACUUUUUUGAAUGGGUUGAAAAAGCAAAAGUGGGUGUUGGAAAUGGAGCAUCCACAUGAGUACGACCAUAUAAAGCGCAUAUGGGACAUUAGAAACUCACACAUAAACAAAUCUGUUCCCCAAAGGUACAUUUUUCAGCUAUUCUGUUAUGAGAAAAAUUGUCAUCCUCUAUGUCCUCAUCCUCUAUGUCAAGUUGGAAGACCAGAGAACAAAAUCUUGUGGUAUAAUGGCAGACCUUCUAUUGAAUGUAUCCCUCUGCCGGUACCAGAUCCAAAACGACCGUUUGGAGCUGAAAAAUGCUCAUCAUGUGAUGGAGAAUGUGCAGGACAUUUCCUGCCUGCAGAAGAGGUUAUUCAACUUAUGCUACAACAAAAGAGACCAUUUGGUGAAAAACGUCCCCCGUCGGAUAUAAUCAAACUGGAAUUUAAGCGUAAAGGAAAUCAGCUAUUAAAGGAAGAUUCCUGUCGAGAUUUGGCAAAACAAGUUUUACUUAGACCAGCAGAAGUAACUCUUUGGUUGGAACACUUGAAAUCUGUCCAAAAACACCGUAUCGAGGGCGCUAAAAAGGCAGCACAAACAAGGAAGCAGAAAAUGCUCAGUAAGCCAAAACCAAAGCAGAAGAAUGCAAAGGUUUGGUCCAGUAUUGUAUUAUUUCCCGAAAAUAUUACACAGCUCUACAGUAUAAUAGUGUGAGGAAAUUGCGGCAUAUGAAUUUGCAACUGGUCAUGCUAUGCUAAUAAACGUGUACUUACUAAAGGAUUGCAUGAGUAACUUAAAUAAUUAAAAAUAUGCAUAACAUGACCUGUUAUUAGGGCAGGUUUUGCCAUAAUCAGAAAUCGUGUAUUAGUUGUAUUUUUUUCGUAAGUUUCCUUGCCUACUGAAGAUGAGCACUACUGUCAGUUGCUGAAUUUUUAUCAUGAAGUUAUAACAAAAUGUACUGUUGUAAAUUCUUUUGUGCAGUUAAUACAGUGUAUGCAGUACAGUAUAUCUAUCCGCAGUAUUAAUAAGUAAAGUUUAGAAACCAACUUAAUCUACCAAUAAAAGUAGUUUUUAAUUCUCAAAUAUUUUAGAAAAAUACAAGCGAAAGGGAUGAAAGCAUAUGUGGCAAAUGUCAAGAAGAAAAUCCGACCGAUACUGUGAGCGAUACAGUUUCCUGGGUUAUGUGUGAUGAAUGCUGUGUGUGGUUUCAUGUGAAAUGUGUUGAAGUAAUCAGUGCAGAUGUCCAGGACAGCUGGUUUUGUAACACUUGUUUAAACAAGUCCUUUUGCCAGUUGUUUCCUCAGUGA